AAACCUCUAUUUAAAACCCUAAAACCUCUGCACAAAAGAAAAGAGAAGAGAAUCACCAUGGAUUCAUAUGAAGCAACAAGAACAGUUUUAUCAAGAAUUGAAAAUUUGGAUCCAGAAAAUGCAUCAAAAAUCAUGUGUUAUUUGCUAACACAAGAUCAAGGUGAUAAGGAGAUGAUAAGAUUAGCAUUUGGCCCAGAAAAUAUGUUAAUUUCUACUAUAAAUCAAACAAAAACUCGUUUAGGACUUUUAUCAAACAGUUCAUCUGCACCUUCAACACCUUCAUCUUCUUCCCAUUUUGGUUCGAGUAAACUCAACCCAUUUCCUCAAUCUUCACCUAGAAUCAUGAUUCCGAACAAUGGGUUUCAGUCUUCACCAGUUUCUUCUCCAUGGUCAGGUGGGUCACCGCCGGUUUUUUCAAGGAGUCCGAGACCAGUGUCGUAUGCUGCUGUUGUGAAUGGUUCUGGGUAUGAAGAACAGUUGUUUGACCCGGUUAUGAGUCCGAGUGGAAGAAGUGAUUCAAUGGGUAUGGGUUUUUGCGAGGAAAAUCAAGAGAAACAGUUACAUCGUAGGAGUUGUUCAGUGAAUGAUGUUUAUCUUGGUGGUGGGGGUGGGUGUGAUGAAAAUGGUGGGUUUGGUUGGAGGCCUUGCAUGUAUUAUGCUAAAGGGUUUUGUAAGAAUGGGAAUAGUUGUAAGUUUAUGCAUGGUGGAUUUGGUGAUUCAACUGAUGAGUCUUCUGGGAAUGUUGACUGUCUUGAUGAGAUUAUGCGUGUGAAAGCGUUACAGCAACAGAGAUUUGCUGCUGCUUCUCAGUUUAUGGCUUCUGGAGGUCGUCAUCCUUUUGGUUUCAACAGAUGCAUGAGUGUUUACAAUGAUAAUCAAAGAUCGGCUGCGGCAGCAUUAAUGAUGAGUGAUGAGUUCCACAAACACGGUCGAUCCUUACCCGACAGAAAUGAAUUUUCAGCAAUGGCGCUGGUUGGAAAUUCGAGUUCUUGCUUGAGACAAAUUUACUUGACAUUUCCUGCUGAUAGUACAUUCAAGGAGGAGGAUGUGUCUAAUUACUUUAGUAUGUACGGGCCAGUGCAAGAUGUUAGAAUUCCGUAUCAGCAGAAGCGGAUGUUUGGAUUUGUUACAUUCAUCUACCCCGAAACUGUGAAGCAAAUUUUGGCCAAAGGCAACCCUCAUUUUGUGUGUGAUUCUCGUGUGCUCGUUAAACCAUACAAAGAAAAGGGAAAAAUCCCAGACAAGAAGCAAUUUCAUCUACAGCAGCAGCCUAUUGAUAGAGAAGAGCUCUCAGCAUGUUUAAGCCCCUCAGGGAUGGAGUCUAGGGAGCUAUAUGAUAUUCCCUUUGGAGGAAGGAUGUUUUAUAAUCCGCAUGAGAUGAUGUUGAGAAGAAAAAUGGAGCAGGAAGCUGAACUGCAGCAAGCGAUUGAGUUUCAAGGCAGAAGGUUAAUGAAUUUGCAACUGAUGAAGAACCACCAUCACAAUAGUCACUUCCAUCCCGGGGUCGUCUCACCAGGUGUUCCAUCUGCCUCCCAUAUGCAGACUCAGUUUCAAAACCAUCAGGGUUUUGUUUGUUCGUCUAAUGGCAUCAACCAAGAAGCCUUAGCAGAAAAUAAUGGCGUCCACGAACCCAUCAACCCCCUAGGUAAUGCAGCUAAUGAGAAUCAGGAGAUGCCACAUACAAAUAACAGAAAUGGCAGUUGCAGCAAGGAGCAGACCUCAAAUACUGAUGACUCCGAUCCUCAAGAUAGCAGCUUUGACCACAACCUUCCUGAUAAUCUAUUCUCUUCUCCUACAAAAUCGGCUGCAGAACAACAUGUUGCGUUUCCAACUGAUUCAUCCGCAGCUGAUUUUAGUUCCGCAAUAACAAUGCCUGCUGCUGCUGCUACUACUACUACUACUACUAUGAACAAUAUCCCUAUGCUUCCCACCACUUCUGCCUUCAACAUGGCUUCUCUCAAAUCAUGUUACUUUCAGGUUCCAAGGUUUACAUCUGGCCAAGAAGCCACUGAAACUUAAGUGUUGUUCCAGUUGAUCAUCGUUAACGAGGGAAGGGGAUUAACUCGAAAGGUUGCUAGCUUUACAUACAAGGUAGUAAAAGCCCUCUCUAGCUGUAUAGCCAAAAACACAACAGAAGAAAAAGAUUUGUAAGGAAGAUCUCCUCAAGAUUAUUGCCAUCAUCAAUACAAAUACUACUUACCAACAAAAAUACAUAAUGCAUAGGUAAAAAUGACAGAUGAACUGAUUUAUGGGAAAUGGGGUCCCUUUCUUUUGUUUAUUUUUGUACCCUCUUUGUAGUUUGUGUGCUGGACCACACAGAACACAAUACCAUAACAAAGUCUAGUAAUAGUAGUAGUAUCCAUUAGAUAUUGUUAGUACCUUUUUUUCUUUCUAUGCCUUCUUAAUCAUAACUUGCUUUAAUGUAAAAUUUUGAUGUAGAAAAAUGAUAAAAAUCUCUUAGAUUUGCCUUGUCAUGAAAAAAAAA